CUCACACCCCUCCGCUCCUUUUCCUCCACUCCCGCCGUUCCCUCUUUUUUCCCGUCAGGAGAAGAAGUGGGAGGAAGGAGAAAGGAAAGACUGAGUUUCAGGAGAAAAAAAAAAACCCUACAGUCUCACCGGGAGAAAGAAUCGGAAAGCAACAGAACGGGGGAAAAAAAACCCUUAUUGUUAUGAUCAUUAUCAGUGUUAUUACUAUUUCACUGAGAACUUGAGAAAGAACCUCAACCGCUUAAGAUCGAUGCUGCCUUAGCCGAUCGGCUGAUACUUGGAAAGAAGAGCUGGCUAAGGGCGCAAUGCCGAAGCGGCUGUCUCCGACUCCCUCCGUCCGUGAGAGGCAAGUCCCGUCAGCUAGAGCCGCGCAGAGUCCCUUGGAGUUGGCCGGCUAUAAUGCAUUUGAAUAAUAUAUAGCCAAACGGAGUCCCGUUCCUUGCUGGAGAGAUGGCGCCGCGACUUCGCCCGGGUGUUUGAGCCGUGGAAGCGCAAGGUGCUGAAAUGGACAGCUCCCCGGGCGCCCUUGCUCUGAACGGCUCGCACAGCCUCGAAGGAGCGCAGGGAGAAGAUCUCUCGGGCCAGUUUUCCACCACCUGGACCAUCGCCUUGGCGGUGCUGAUGGCUUUGCUGAUCGUGGCCACGGUGGUGGGCAACGCACUGGUGAUGCUGGCCUUUGUGGUGGACUCCAGCUUGAGGACGCAGAACAAUUACUUCCUCCUGAACCUGGCCAUCUCCGAUUUCCUAGUAGGUGCCUUUUGUAUUCCACUGUAUGUACCCUAUGUCCUCAUGGGAAGAUGGGCCUUCGGGAAAAGCUUUUGCAAACUCUGGCUGGUGAUGGAUUAUCUAUUGUGUACCACUUCAGUCUUCAAUAUCGUUCUGAUUAGUUAUGACCGAUUCCUCUCUGUGACCAGAGCGGUCUCCUACCGAGCUCAACAAGGCGACACCAAGCGAGCCAUAUUCAAGAUGGCGAUGGUCUGGCUUUUAGCUUUCUUGCUCUAUGGACCUGCAAUUAUCAGCUGGGAAUACAUAUCCGGGCGGAGCAUCAUUCCCGAUGGGGAAUGCUAUGCAGAAUUUUUUUACAACUGGUACUUCCUCAUCACGGCCUCCACCAUUGAGUUCUUCACCCCUUUCAUCAGCGUGAUGUUUUUCAACUUGAGCAUCUACCUGAACAUACAGAAACGGACCAAGUUCCGCCUGGGGGUCCUUCGCGACAGCCAGAAUUUCGUGGAGGAGACCGAAAUGAACCCGGGGCGCAAACUCUCCAUGAAAUGCUGUAGGUGGGAAGAAAAAGAUCCAGGAAGCCUGACGCUUCCAACAUGGGACACUCCAGAAAAAGAUGCUGGAGGAAGUAUUAACGUAAAGUAUUCACAGGACUCCGAUGCGGAACGAAAAUCUUCCGGCAAAAGGAAUGAUAAAGACUGGGCCGCCAACCUUUCCUUGGAGAAACAGUUGAAGGAGGCUUCCCAGAGUGUCACCCAGCGAUUCAGACUCACUAGGGACAAGAAAGUAGCAAAAUCGCUAGCUGUCAUUGUAGGGAUUUUUGGCCUUUGCUGGGCACCAUAUACGCUUCUCAUGAUCAUCCGGGCUGCUUGCCAUGGUCACUGUAUCCCUGUGUAUUGGUAUGAGGCUUCUUUCUGGCUGCUGUGGGUUAAUUCGGCCAUCAACCCCGUCCUUUACCCACUCUGUCACUACAGCUUCAGGCGAGCUUUCGUUAAACUCUUGUGCCCAAAGAAACUGAAGAUCCAGCCCCAUAAUUCUCUCCAGAAAUGCUGGAAGUAA